UAUUACUUUAGCCUGCAUUUAGAGCAGUCAAGUUUCUGCAGAGAUAGAGGAUCUGUUUGCAGCCUUCUAGUUCUAGACUGUCAGUCAGAGAUGGGUGUUUCAGACUUUGUGGGAGAGAAGCUGGGCCUCUCUGAGCCUAGUGCAAGGUUCCUGGUGGCUCUGUAUGCUGCGUAUCCUGUAUCCAUUGUGUAUCGGCUACUGCUAGCUCAACAACAUCCAAGAAUCAAGAAUGUUUAUCUCAGCCUCUCAGGAAUGGCCAUUGCAUACUACAUUCUAGGUACCAAUGUUUGGCACUCUGCUGCUGAUGUGUUAGCUGUGUACCUCCUACUGUCUGUGUGUGGAGGGACACUAGUCUCUGUGGUGCUAACAUGGAUACUAGUGAUGGGUCACAUGAUGUGCGGCUAUGUCGUCGCGGCGAUGUCGGGUGAGAUACACCAGAUCUCCUGGAGGAUACCUCACUGUGUGUUGGUGCUCAAACUAAUCGGUCUGUCCUAUAACCUCUAUGAUGCAAGAAAGAAGGAGUCGGAGCUGAGUGUGGACAUGAAGAACACGGCUGUAGCAGAGGCCCCUUCCCUAAUAGAGCUGGCUGGCUUCAGCUACUUCCAUGGCUCAGUAUUGGCCGGCCCUCAGCUCUCAUUUCGGAGGUACAGAGAUUUUGUGAAUGGUGAUCUCUUCGACUGGAACAAGACUCCUAGUAGUGUUCCCGCUGGUGUGCAGAGGUUGUUGGUGGGUGUGGCUUUGUCCGCUCUCUACUCUCUCCUCAACCAAUGGUUCCCCCUCUCCACCGUCAUCAGCGAUCAGUUCAAUGAUCAUGUGUUCCCCAUGAGAGUGCUACUGAUGGUUGCGUGUGGGAAGGUGGCUCUGUGGAGAUACAUCACUGUCUGGCUCAUCGCUGAGGGCUCGUGUAUACUCACCGGUAUAUCGUACAAUGGUGUGGACAAAUCUGGUUCUGUGGACUGGUACGGCCUCUCCAAUAUUCACCUGCUCAAAGCAGAAACCUCCAUCACACUACAAGGAAUCGUUGAGUCGUUUAAUAUCAACACCAACAAAUGGAUUGCACUGUACGUCUUCAAGCGACUCAGGUUUCUGGGAAGCAAGACUCUCUCUCUUCUCAUCUCCCUCACCUUUGUCUCCCUGUGGCAUGGCGUAUGGCCGGGCUAUGCUCUGUGCUUCUCACUGGAGUUCAUGCUGCUGUUUGCUGAGAGGAGUUUCAUCAGCUUCAUGAAAAGGUUGCUCGGUGGUACACUGUCAGAGUUCAGCCUGCCCCUCAGAGCUCUCCUCACACUGGCAGCCUUUAUCCUCAGGAAUAUCGUCCUCUUCUACCCUCUCAUGCUCUUUAUGCUCCUCUCCUGGGACCUGUGCUUCAAGUUUAUGAGCUCUGUGUAUUUCAUGGACCACAUCAUCGUGAUUGUUUGGUGCUUCCUCUUCUACACCGUCCUAGCCAACGUCAUCAGAAAGCCAAAACCAAAGAAAGAUGAAUAAUAAGAAUAAAGUAAUAUUGAAUACUCGAUCGUGACUAUUUUUCGUGCACCAAUAUUUAUAUAUUGUUUUGCUUUCGUAUGGCUUCUAACAUAAUUAUGUUCGUUGUUAUGGUUACCUACCUACAUGUUUCUUGUCUGCAGCAUGCUUUCAAUACUAUCAUUUUUCGUGGCAAAUUGAAUCAAUUAAAUAAUAAUUUGUGAGUUGAUUGA